CUGCAUGCUGUACAAUGGCACUCAAUGCAUGCAGGACCGAGUACUGACACUGUUCACACCCCCUCAUUACUCUCAUCACUCAUCAUAAUUCAUAACGUCUCUCUCUCACUCUCAUCUUCCACACUCGCUCGUGACACUGCUGCGAGCAGAGCCUCUGCUAAACGAGUGAGCCAGCCAGUGAAGUCAAAAAAAAAAGGCAGUGAAGUGUGAGUGAGAGAAACCAGAAGAAGAAAAAUGCUCGUCACUCGUUUCUCUCCCCAUCUCUUCCCAUGGCGCCUCCUUCUCCUGUUCUUGACCUUGGUGGGCAGCAGCAAUGGCGCCGUCGCUGCUCCUGCAAAGGCACAUCCGCCACGACCCAAGGCUGCUGCCGGGUUCGGGUACAAGCUGGUGUCCCUGGUCGAGCUCCCCAAUGGCGGAGGCCUCGUCGGCUCCCUGCAGCUUAAGCAACCCAGCUCCACCUAUGGCCCUGACAUCGCUCGCCUCAGGCUCUUCGUCAAGCACGAGACCCAGGACAGAGUAAGGGUGCAGAUAACGGACGCAGAGAAGCAGAGGUGGGAGGUCCCCUACGACCUUCUCCCACGCGAGCCAGCGCCGCCCCUAACGAAGCUCCCCGGCGGCGCCCCCUUCACCACCGGCGAGUACUCCGGACAGUCUCUGUCCUUCACCUACGGCCGCGACCCGUUCCACUUCGCGGUGCACAGGAAAUCCACGGGCCAGACUCUCUUCAACACCAGCCAUGGCGGCCCGCUGGUCUUCAAGGACCAGUACCUGGAGCUCACCACGCGGCUGCCCAAGGACGCCGCCCUGUACGGGCUGGGCGAGAACACGCAGCCGGGCGGCAUCAAGCUCCGCCCCAACGACCCUUACACGAUCUUCACCACGGACGCCUCCGCCAUUAAUCUCAACACUGAUCUCUAUGGCUCCCACCCGGUGUACGUCGACCUCAGGAACAUCGGCGGCCAUGGCGUCGCCCAUGCCGUGCUGCUGCUGAACAGCAAUGCCAUGGAUGUCUUCUAUAGAGGGGAUUCGCUGACGUAUAAGGUCAUUGGGGGUCUCCUUGAUUUCUACUUCUUCGCCGGGCCGACGCCGCUCGCUGUAGUUGAUCAGUACACGGCCAUGAUCGGCCGCCCUGCGCCCAUGCCGUAUUGGGCAUUUGGUUUCCAUCAAUGCAGGUGGGGAUACCAGAAUCUUUCGGUAGUCGAGGCGGUCGUGGAGGGCUACCGGAAUGCGCAGAUACCCCUUGACGUGAUCUGGAACGAUGAUGACCAUAUGGAUGCCGCGAAGGACUUCACACUGGACCCUGUCAAUUAUCCUCGCCCGAAGCUGCUAGCGUUCCUCGACAAGAUCCAUGCACAGGGAAUGAAGUACAUCGUCCUCAUAGACCCCGGCAUCGCCGUGAACAGCUCAUACGGCGUGUACCAGCGUGGCAUGGAACGCGACAUCUUCAUCAAGCUAGACGGUCAGCCAUACCUUGCCCAGGUCUGGCCAGGCCCCGUCUACUUCCCGGACUUCCUCAACCCGAACGGCGCGUCAUGGUGGAUCGACGAGGUCCGGAGGUUCCAUGAGCUUGUCCCAGUGGACGGGCUCUGGAUCGACAUGAACGAAGUCUCCAACUUCUGCACCGGCAAGUGCACCAUCCCGACGACGCACAAGUGCCCGGUGCCGAACUCCAAGGAGCCAUGGCUGUGCUGCCUGGACUGCAAGAACCUCACCAACACCAGAUGGGACGAUCCACCGUACAAGAUCAAUGCCUCCGGGAAGUCGGCCCCCCUCGGCUACAACACCAUCGCCACCAGCGCCACGCACUACAACGGCAUCCUGGAGUACAACGCGCACAGCCUGUACGGCUUCUCGCAGGCCAUUGCCACCCACAAGGGGCUUCAAGGUCUCCAGGGCAAGAGGCCCUUCAUCCUGACACGCUCCACCUUCGUCGGGUCCGGCGCCUACGCCGCGCACUGGACCGGUGACAACAAGGGCACCUGGGAGAACCUCCGGUACUCCAUCUCCACCAUCCUCAACUUCGGCAUCUUCGGCAUGCCGAUGGUCGGCGCGGACAUCUGCGGGUUCUACCCUGCGGAUCCCAACCUUCUGGAGGAGCUCUGCAGCCGGUGGAUCGAGCUCGGGGCCUUCUACCCGUUCUCCAGGGACCAUGCCAACUUCGCGUCGCCGAGGCAGGAGCUCUACAUUUGGGGCUCAGUGGCCAAGUCGGCCCGGAACGCGCUCGGCAUGCGCUACAGGAUGCUGCCGUACCUCUACACGCUCAACUACCACGCGCACCAGAGCGGCGCUCCCGUGGCUCGGCCGCUCUUCUUUGCAUUCCCGGACUUCGUGCCAGGCUACGGCGUCAGCACGCAGUUCUUGCUUGGGGACAGCGUUAUGGUGUCCCCUGUCCUGGAGCAGGGCGCGACCUCCGUGAGCGCCGUGUUCCCGCCUGGGACAUGGUACAACCUGUUCGACACGAGGAAAGUAAUCGUGUCCGGCAACAAUGGCGACGCCGUGAAGCUGGACGCGCCGUUGAACGAAAUCAACGUGCACGUGCACGAGGGCACGGUCCUGCCGCUGCAGCGCGGCGGCAGCAUCUCCAGGGACGCCAGGGCGACGCCGUUCACGCUGGUGAUCGCGUUCCCGUUCGGCGCCGCGGAUGCCGACGCCGAGGGCGCCGUGUACGUGGACGACGACGAGCGGCCGGCCAUGGUGCUCGCGGAAGGAGAAGCGACCUACGUGCGGUUCCACGCGAGCGUGAGGGGCGGCAAGGAGGUGACUGUGCGGUCUGAGGUUUCGAUGGGGAGUUAUAGCUUGAAGAAGGGGCUCGUUGUUGAGAAGCUCUCGGUGCUCGGGCUCGAGGGCUCCGGGAGAGAUCUUGCUGUCCGGGUUGAUGGCACUGAGGAAGCCGAUGCUACCGCCAUUGCCGUGGCGAGUGCUCACUUCGUUGGCGCGGACGAGAAGCUGCAGGAGGUGGGGAAGAAGAGGAGCGUGAUGGUGGAGGUGGGCGGGCUGGCAUUGCCGCUGGGCAAGAGUUUCACCAUGACCUGGAACAUGCACAUCCAAGCGUAGGAUCGGAGGCCAAUCGGCCAAAGCUUUCUCCCUGUGCUUUCGUUCUUCGGUAUCUAAUUUAGAGUCUUAGCUAGUUCGUGCCAUGAUGCUGCUGAUUGGCAUUUGGUUGGGUCGUUUCUGUAACACGUACUACCAAUCUCUGAACUCUGAUUCGAUUCGAUCAUUGAGGAAGCAUUGCAGGGAAUAAAACUGCAUUUUUAUGGUGUGCUGAACUUUA